AUGACGUCCAAAGCUGCUGGUACGCCGGCAAGAAGCAACUAUGAGAAUCCUCAAUCGCCCAUUGCAUCAGCCAAGAGGCCCCGUUCCUCCUUAGAGCGACCUGUGUCGACGGCUGGGGUGGCUGCUACUCCUGCAGCAAAAGACCUGUCAACUCCUGCGAAACAGCAGACAACGCGUUCCUCACUGAUGUCUCCUGGCGGCGGCGGUGGAGUGCCCAUGAGCCCCAUGCAUCCUCCUCGUCCAGUCCACAGAGAUGAUGAAGACGUUGUGGUGGAGGCUGACGACAACGACAACACCGACUCCUCGUGGGUUGGUCGAAAGGUUGACGCGUUGUUCUCUCCUGUGCUCAGCUUCUUGUCCGCCGCAAAGGAUGAAGAUGUUGCUGCUGUGACCGACGAAGACGCUACAAUGGAAGACCCUCCAAAGCCCGAAAAGUCGAGUGAUGAUGACACUCAGCCAACCGCCGCUACCACUGUGAUCUGCAAGGAUUCCUCGGAAGAGGAAGAAUAUGAAGAAACCCAAGAGAUGCGAAACAUUGAGGAGGACCCAUCAAGCUCCUUUGAGGAAGAAGAAUUCAACCCCUACCUCUUCAUCAAACACCUACCUCAUUAUGACAUCGUAAAGGCAUUGAGGCCUCCGAUCACCCUCCCGCCAAAGGACCCUUCCGCUCCUCCUGUCACUCUGGUCCUUGACUUGGAUGAGACACUUGUCCAUUGCACCGUCGAACCCACACCUGACGCUGAUUUGCAGUUCCCGGUGGUGUUCCAUGGAAUCACUUAUCAGGUCCAUGUUCGCCUUCGCCCCCACUUGUUCGACUUUCUUGAAAAAAUCAAGGACAAGUACGAAGUUAUUGUUUUCACGGCUAGUCAGCAAGUGUAUGCCAACGAAUUGUUGAAUCUGAUCGAUCCUGAGGGCAAAUACAUCCAUCACCGACUCUAUCGAGAGUCAUGUUUGGCCGUCGAAGGCAACUACUUGAAGGACCUGAAUGUUCUCGGCAGAGACUUAUCGAAGACAGUCCUCGUUGACAAUUCUCCCCAUGCAUUUGGGUAUCAGGUCGACAAUGGUAUACCAAUUGAAUCCUGGUUUGACGAUCCCCACGACAGCGAGUUGGUCAAGCUCGAGCGAUUCCUACGAACUCUUCCCGAUGCCUCGGACGUACGAACCGCGGUGAGGUGGAAGUUCCAAUUGUUCCAAAUGAUUGACGAAGCCUAG